AUGACCACCCUACGCUUACCACGUCCGUACUCCCGGCAUGAAGUUGUACCACCCUCGACGAUCGACUCGAGCUCGGACCUGCCCAUGUCGUCCCUCUCGCCGUCCCCCUCUCCCUCCCCCUUCCCCUCAGCAUCCACCUCGACCAUCCCAGCCACAGCAACCUCCCCUACGACCCUCGAAGCACGUCUCGCCGCUUCAGCCCGUCAACAACAACUCAAGCUGCACGCGCGCCUCAAACGAGCCGAACACAAGUCCCCCUUCGUGCCCAAGAAGCAUCAGCAAGCCGGCGGGAUCGCUUCGGUGUCGCACAAGGGCAAGGAAAAGGACCUGUCCGAUCUGCUCGAGCAUGAAUUGGCCGAGAUGCUGCGGGUCAAUGCGAGUUUGUUAGAGUCAAAGUGAGACUGAGCGUUUGGGCUUGCAUUUUCGGGGAAGCUAUGACUAAGUUCAUACAGUUCACCGCGCGCAGAUCGACCAUGUCGCUCUUGCCCGGGAGCAGUGACUCCAAGAUUCGCCAGCAACAAGACCGACUCGAAGCUCGACUGAAGGAAGUACAAGACAUCAACCGCAUCCGGGAAGACUUGCAAAAGACCAGACUCGAAGGCAAUGAGGACCAUGACGACGAUACCCUGCUUGACAUCGACGACGACCAAGUCACCGGCGCGGCGGGCGCAAAGGCCGAGGAGGACAUCAAGCCGAGAAUAGGAGCGGGACGCGUCGGCGAUCCCAGUUCUUCCCCUGCGCAUCCGACGGCAAUAGGAUUCAGUCCGCUCACCGUCAAACGAAGAUUGGCAUUACGUGCAGAGGUAAGUCAGCACACCACGGCUCCUAUCGCUUGCAUGCUAAACGGCUGACUCGCUUUUCGUUCGCCACAGCUCUCCUCCUCCCCACCUUCUUCACUAUGCGGCUCCAUCUCGCUUUCUGAAUCACUUCGUUUACAAGAACAAGCCGCAACUCGAGAACGUUUGGCGACCGAACGUCGAUUGCAAGAGUCGAAGCGCAAGGACGAGAUGAGGAACCAAAAAGUUGGCCACAGCUUGAAGGGGGCCUUCUUGAAAGGCGGUGCGGGACAAGGCGCAGCUUUUGCUAAUUUCAUGUGAGAAAGAGCCCAUGUUGUACAACUUUAUGAUACACCGUGGACUGAUGUGCAGCGUGGCAAGCUGCUCGCAGGUCUCACGCCGAUUCAGACGACGACGAACCGGACGAAGAAGACGACGACGACGAUCCGCUUCUCGACGCACAAGAGGAGAUGCUCAAGAUUCAACAGGGCCAACUCGAUGAAGAGGAGGAUCGCGAACUGAAUCCGUAUAGUCAUGCGUAUCAUAUGGGCCGAUCGAGGACAAUCGCGGAGGAGAAAGGCUUGGCGAAAGGAGCAGAUGUUGAUGCGGAUCCGAUUAUUGAUGUGGGGAUGCAGUUGUAG